AUGAUAAGAUACAGUCAACUAUUACCAAAGCGACACAUCCUCUUAUCACCAAAUCGACUUUUGCUAUCGAACAUAUCCACAAGACAUCAACAUGCCACACCGCAUAAAGAGACGGUGGAAGCCGAAAAGCGCGACCAUCGUGUAGUAGGGAAGUCGCAAGAUCUUUUCAUGAUUCAUCAUUGGAGCCCGGGCUCCGUUUUCAUGUUACCACACGGAACGAGGAUAGUUAGAAAAUUGCAAGAGUAUAUAAGGAAACAGUAUGCCGAUUUUGGAUUCGAUGAAGUAAUGACUCCGUUGAUUUACAAGAAGGAUCUAUGGGAAGCGUCUGGUCAUUGGCAGAAUUAUCGUGAUGAUAUGUUUACUGUAAGUUAUGACCAAGAGAGCAAAGAUGUUUUUGGGUUGAAACCGAUGAAUUGCCCUGGUCAUUGCUUGAUUUUUGACAACCAGCCAAAGUCUUACCGAGACUUGCCUGUUCGACUGGCAGAUUUUGGGGCUCUUCAUCGGAACGAGCAUUCGGGUGCACUGUCGGGUUUGACGCGCGUACGUCAGUUUUACCAAGACGAUGCUCAUAUUUUUUGUACAGAAUCUCAAGUAUUUCAAGAAAUCUCGUCUACGCUAGCCUUUGUCGAACGUGUGUACAACGCGUUCAAGUUUCCACGUUAUGAUUUUGUCCUAUCAACACGCUCAUCAGGAUCCAAAUACAUUGGAGAAGUCUCCGAGUGGGAGCGUGCCGAAGAAUCGCUCAAACAAGCACUGGACGCAUGCAGACAAUCAUGGACAGUGAGACCGGGCGAUGCCGCAUUCUAUGGGCCAAAAAUUGACAUUCUUGUAAAAGACGCACAUGACCGCACUCACCAAACAGCCACUAUUCAAUUGGAUUUCCAACUUCCUCGACGAUUUGGUCUUACGUAUCAAGACAGCGACGGGAAUUCUCAGAUUCCUGUGAUUGUGCAUAGAGCCGUCCUUGGUUCGUUCGAGCGCAUGAUGGCAAUUCUAAUGGAACACACAGCUGGCAAGUGGCCGUUCUGGUUGAAUCCGAGACAGGCGAUUGUGAUUCCUAUUGGGGAAGCGGCCCGGGAGUAUGCAGAGACAGUGAGGAAGCAAUUGGCAAGUCGUAAUGGUAGAGCGCCGCAUAAGCAAGACGUGUUGUUUAUUGAUAUAGACAAGUCAGCGGGCAAGACAUUGAAUAAGAUGAUUAGAGAGGCUCAAGUAGCUCAGUAUAAUUAUAUCCUCGUGGUCGGUGAGAAGGAGAAAGAGUCCAAGACGGUUAACGUGCGCCGGAGAGAUGGGAAGAAUUUGGGAAAUAUGCCUAUUGAGGAAAUACUACAACUAUUUGAACAUCUCGAAUUGAACUAUGAAUAA